AUGGCAAGCAUAGCGCUGUACGGCCAGUCCCAGACCGGAAUCAUCGGCCGCAAAAACGUCUUGGAAGGGGUCAAGGAUCCGGUCAUGGCGGCACUUCAGGUCGAGGACACAAGGGUCAGAAAGCUCGCGCUGGUAAUGGUAAACCGAAAGCUGGAUUUGAAGGUGGUCAGACACCUAUAA